AGCUGUCGCUAGCCAAGCCAAAUCAGAUGAGCAGACAGUUUGGUGGGAGAAGGUCAAGCGACUGCACGAUGGGGCUCUUCUCCUUCAUCGGACGUAUGUGGGCGAAUUAUCCCGAGCACGUAAUCGGGACUGCCGUGGUGCUUGCAAUGACCCCGUUCGGUCUACGAGCUGCGUACAAAACGCACCACAGGCCCUGGUACUACAGGACAGAAUACACAGUUAUCAGGGAUGAUGACCCGUACGCAAAGGUUCUGGAGGAAGCCUACAAGGACUUUGUUCCCCACAAGCUUCCCAAAGCCUAAUGCACCAGCGUAGAAUCCUUGGCUCAUCUCUGUAAUAAAUAAAAGCUUCGUGUUAUGUU